AUGAAGUACGUGCGCAUGCCUAUCGAGAUCGAGUCCCCAGAGGAGUAUGGUUAUGAUAAGAUCAAAAACAAUUUAUCAGAGAGCUCGAUUGCCGACCAGACUUUAAGAACUUUAGGGUUGCAGAUUCCGACCGACAUUGUUCUCUUGUACAAUGAGCAUCGAGGAAGUACCAGACUUCGUGAACUAAUUGUCGCAGACUCUGGGCUUUCCAAAGAUGAUGUCCUGAUUACUUCCGGCGCAGCUGGUGCUCUCUUCAUCAUUUCAACCUCGCAACUCACUAGAGACGACCAUCUGGUGGUCGUGCGCCCAAACUACGCCACCAACAUUGAAACGCCCAAGGCCAUUGGCUGCGAAAUCACUUAUGUAGACCUCUCCUUCGAACUCGGUUUCACGAUCGAUCUUUCCUUCAUCGAGAGCGUCAUCAAGGCUGGCACUAAGAUUGUGUCCGUAACUUGCCCACACAAUCCCACUGGUGCAGUCAUGUCUCGAGACACCCUGAACAGCCUUGUUGCACUCACAAAAGCCAGAGGUUGUCUGCUAUUAGUCGACGAAACCUACAGAGACAUUCAUUACGGAGAGCAAUUACCCAUAGCAGCUCAGUUAGGUGAUCAUGUCAUCAGCGUUGCCUCCUUGUCUAAAUCUUAUGGUAUUCCUGGUAUUCGCUGUGGCUGGGUUAUCACUCAGAACAAGGACUUGCAGGAACAAUUCCUUGCGGCGAAGGAACAAAUCAACAUCUCUGGAAGUGUUAUUGACGAGUGGAUUGCCGAGCAGGUCCUCGAGAAGCGCGAAAUCAUUCUAGGUCAAACUAUCCAGGAGAUGAAAAUCCGACUUGACAUGGUAGCCACCUGGAUUGGAAAAGAAGACCUUCUUGAAUGGGUCCGACCCGUUGGGGGAGUUGUUUGUUUCCCAAAGAUGAGGACGGAGCCUCCUGGAGGAACGGCAAAAUUUUAUGAGCGGCUGCUGCUUCAGCAUGCUACUUAUGUCGGUCCAGGUCACUGGUUUGAAAUGCCAGAUAUGUUCUUUCGAUUAGGCUUCGGUUGGCCGAGCCGUGAACAGCUCAAGGCUGGCAUGGAUGCCAUCUCUCGCGCUUUGAGAGCUUGA